ACAAAGGCUUUCCAAAUAUGAAUAACAGAGCACAUCCGUUUUUAUGUCCGUCUCGAUUUUAUCCAAUUUUACUCAUAGUUGGCUUGUUUCUAAUGAUAACAAUUUUGUUUUUAAAUGAUAGUAAUUCUGUGCGAAGCUUGAAAAAUUCGAUCUCGAGGAUCAAACUGCCGGAUCCAUUUCCCGCUGUGAACCUCAAGGAAUACAAAAUUAAAACUUAUAGAGGAUAUGUAUCAAUGGAUGAAUUGAACGAAAAUGUUUUCAAAAAAUUUGGUUACGAAAUUACUCGGCCCACUUAUCCGGUGCCCACAGUUCGGAUGAUCAACGAGCCAACAUGUGAAGAGGUGUUCUUUGCGUGGCAAAAAAUCUCCGAGCAACCACAACCAAAAUUUCCUCCAAAAACAAUUCCGGCAGAGCGAAUGAAUGAAUUCUUAUUGUAUAACUACACAGCGCUGAGUGAUUGGUAUAUCAACGAUAAAAACUCAGAAAAAGGAGAGAAGCCAAGAAAUUGGGAAAAUCUUUCCGAACUCAUCAAGUGGCCAAGAGCAAAGUUAGGGGGAUUGGCGUAUGGAUCAGAUGGAGUGUCAAUAUACGACGCUAUGCAUGCCUACCGGCUUGAUGGAAAGAGUGGUGUUGUUAUUGGAAGUAUGCAACCAUGGGUUGAAGUUUCAGCUCUUCAAAGUGGUGCUUCCAAAGUUCUCACUGUUGAAUAUAACAAAUUGACUAUUCAGGAAGAAUUCAGGGAUAGAAUGUCUUCCAUUCUUCCUAUCGAUUUUGUGAAAAAUUGGCGGGACUAUGCUGGAACGUUUGAUUUUGCUGCAUCCUUCUCUUCUAUAGAGCAUUCUGGAUUAGGAAGAUACGGUGAUCCAGUUGAUCCGCUUGGUGACUUGAGAGAAAUGCUAAAAAUCAAAUGUGUCUUGAAACCAGGAGGACUGUUAUUCAUCGGUUUUCCAUUGGGAACGGAUUCUAUUCAAUACAACGCGCAUAGAAUUUAUGGAUCAAUUCGACUUGCUAUGAUGAUGUACGGUUUCGAAUGGCUUGACACAUUCUCCGGAGACAAGGAAGAAGCAAAUGAUCUUACUUCUGAUCGACUUCAUUCAAAACCCAUAUUUGGACAGAUUCAGAAUACAUUGGUUUUAAGGAAACUGUAAAAAAAACUGUUUAGCAGUACGUGUGUUUCUAUAUUACGAGUCUUCUUUUUUUAAUUCGCAUUGGCGAAACUUCAAAAUAAGUUUUAUAAAAACUAGCAAAUAAGUUUAUAAAUAUGUUUGACAAGAAAUAAAAUUUGCAUUCAG